UUACUUAACUUUUCUUCAUUCACUUCCCACCACCACCACCACAACAAUAUAUUAUCAUGGGGGCUCACCGCCGCUUCGAACCGAUCUCAAAAUGCAGCUCUGACGACCGGUCAAACCAGACGGUGGCGUCCGACCUUGACGGCACACUGCUCGUGUCGUCGAGUGCUUUCCCUUACUACAUGCUUGUUGCUCUCGAAGCCGGCAGCCUUCCGAGGGCGCUACUCCUUUUGGCGUCGGUUCCAUUCGUAUACUUCACGUACUUGUUCGUUUCGGAGGCUGCAGCAAUCCAAAGCUUCAUCUUUAUUGCUGUGGCGGGGUUGAAAGUCAGAGACAUUGAGCUCGUGUCGCGGUCUGUGCUGCCCAAGUUUUACGCUGAGGACGUGCACCCAGAGGCCUGGAGAGUGUUCAAUUCGUUUGGCAAAAGAUACAUAAUUACCGCCAGCCCCAGAAUCAUGGUGGAACCGUUUGCGAAAACGUUUUUAGGGGCUGACAAGGUGAUUGGGACCGAGUUGGAAGUAACAAAAUCUGGGAGGGCAACUGGGUUCGCUAAGAUACCAGGUGUUCUUGUUGGUGAUCACAAAAAAGCAGCCAUCGAAAAGGAAUUUGGCACAAACUUGCCAGAUGUCGGCCUAGGAGAUCGAGAAACCGACCAUGAUUUCAUGUCGCUUUGCAAGGAAGGUUACAUGGUGCCAAGAACCAAAUGCGAGGCACUUCCUAGCAACAAGCUAUUAAGCCCAAUUAUAUUUCACGAAGGCCGUUUAGUUCAGAGGCCAACACCUCUGGUUGCCCUCUUGACCUUCCUAUGGAUGCCAAUCGGCAUUGUCCUCUCCAUCCUCAGAGUCUACAUCAACAUCCCUUUGCCGGAGCCAAUUGUGAGACAAGUUUAUAAGAUCCAAGGCAUUAAACUUAUUGUUAAGGGCACCCCUCCACCAGCACCAAGGAGAGGCCAAAAGGGAGUGCUCUUUAUUUGCAACCACCGUACAGUUUUAGACCCCGUUAUCGUCUCCGUUGCCCUAGGAAGAAAAGUCAGCUGCGUCACGUAUAGUAUAAGCAAAUUUAGCGAGAUGAUUUCACCGAUCAAGACCGUGGCAUUAACGAGGGAGAGAGAGAAAGAUGCAGCUCAUAUUAAGAGCUUGCUUGAAGAUGGAGACCUUGUGAUUUGUCCCGAGGGAACAACUUGUCGAGAGCCUUUUCUCUUACGAUUUAGUGCUCUUUUCGCUGAGCUCACCGACAGGAUUGUUCCCGUUGCGAUUAACACAAAACAAACGGUGUUUUACGGAACAUCCGUACGUGGGUAUAAAUUGUUGGACCCUUAUUUUGUGUUCAUGAAUCCCAUGCCGACCUACGAGGUGACCUUCUUGAAUCAACUUCCCACGGAGCUCACAUGCAAAGGUGGGAAAUCGGCGAUUGAGGUUGCGAAUUAUAUUCAAAGGGUGCUGGCUGGGACGUUGGGAUUUGAGUGCACUUCUUUGACUAGGAAGGACAAGUAUGCGACGCUCGCAGGAACCGACGGUCGUGUUCCAUCCAAGAAGGAAAAGGCCUAGCUAAGACGACAGGGGAUAAUUAAAUUAAAAAAAAGCAUAUUCCAAUUAAUCCAUCAUUUGUCUUUAUUGUCUUCCCAUAUUAGAAAAACGUUUUACCACAACAAUAAAAGAUUGAUUAUUGUCA